AUGGUGUUCAAAUUGUCUCUUUUGCUGUCUUUGGCAGCCUUCAGAAUUGUGCUAGCCGAAAAAGCUGGUUAUUUUGAGGAUUUGUCCGUCUGUGCUGAUCCGAAGGGUCUAAAGGCUUGCUACGAAGACGCGGAUACCAGGUACGCCAGCUGCAUCAACAACAGCUGCGAUGGCGGAGAUUCUUCAUGCUACAAAUCAUGCAAUGGCGACACCUCAUGCAUGACUUCUCAAUGUCCAAAUCUGGGUGUUGACUGCAUCAAUGUUUGCGAAUGCAUCAAGAAGGACAAUGAGAUUGAUUGCAUGGCCACGAGCUGCUGGAACCAGGUUUACUCUUGCGAAUAUCAAAAGACUGGCGAGAACCUAAUCAACUACUGCCCAAAAGUCGACCUCGAACAAAUUCCCUUCUGGCCUCCUCCUGAAAACGCCCCAGGCGGUUGUUCCUGCAAUUUUGCGAAGAUUGACUUGCGAAUCACACAGAUAAGCAACUACUUGACGACGUGCGCGAACAAUGAGACGAAUGUGGAGCAGCUUACUGUCGAAGAAAUGUCCGACUACGGCCGGGCCUGCAUUUGCUGUUCCUACAGCGCGGCUGUGUCCACCAUCUGGGACGAAUGCCCCAAUACAGAUCCAGCCAUUCUGGGAGCGGACUACUGGCUUGGAGGAUUGAUGGAAGGAGAACAUGGGGAAGCAUGUAGUACUUAUAUGGAACAUUUCCCUUGUAAGAAACUUGGCUUUGGGGAUAAGGUUGCGGGCGGUACGAAUACUUUCUAUACGCCGGACAAUCUUCCUAAAAAUGGGACGGAGACAUUGUAUAAUACCGGUGGUGUGAUCUCGUCUCCUGUUAGCGGGGCUAACUUUACUUGGACUUCCGGUACACUCGAGCAUGCGAUCACGGUGUCGUUGACAGAUAAUGUUGUGACAGCUACAGUUACGGGCGGGUCGGGUGGCUCUGGGAGUUCGGGCAGCACUGCCACGGAGACUGGAGCGAGUGCGACUUCGAGUGGCUUAGCUGUUGGCCUCAAAAUGGAGCAACCGAGAAAAUCCGGGGACCCACGUGGACAGAUCGUGAUCAGCGCGUCGCGUCAGAAACCUCCCGAGGUCCACGCUGACACUUACACUGCCCUGGCACCCCAUCCGUACGCAUCUAAAAUGACCCAAACAAGCUCCACCCUCCUAGCCUUGACCAUGGCAGGCGCUGGGUACCUAGCAGCCCUCUGCACAACGCCACCAAACCCCUCACCCUCCCAAAAAGAUCGACACAGCACCGACCGCAUCACCUGGAUUGCAGGCGCCGGCGCCACCAUCGCCCGCCGCACAACACUCACAGUCACUCUGUACCAUGCUCUCCUGACAAUAACCCCAUCUUACGCGCCUGACCGGCUCCACCAAAUUUGUCCGCGGCCAGAGAACCGAAACAUGGCCGUCUUCACCUGGAGUCCGAUUACUCUGGCGUCACUAUUUGUAAUCUUCCUCGGGGCGUUUGUUCGGUUGUCGGCGUUUGGGGGAUUAGGGAGGAAUUUCACGUUCCAUCUUGCGGCGCCGGAUCAGCUUGUUACUAGUGGUGUUUAUCGGUGGAUGCAACAUCCGAGUUAUACGGGGCAGUACUUGAUUUAUCUGGGCUGCAUGGGGGUGUUUCUGAGGUGGGAUGGGGUGGCGAGUUGUUAUAUUGGUAAGGAUGUUUUGGAGAGUUUGGUGGGGUAUGGGGUUCCAGUGGGGGUUGGUAUUUUGGUUUGGUCGUUGACUGUGCUUGGGCUGAGGGUUAGGGAUGAGGAGGGGAUGUUGAGGGAGGAGUUUGGGGAGAAGUGGGAGGUUUGGCAUCGGAAGACGCCGAGAUUUCUUCCAGCGCUUUUUUGA